AUGUCAAGCCUCGUCGAGUUUGGUCUAGAACGAGAACAGGCAUCGGAUGAAGACGAUGUACUUCUUGAGAUGCCUGCACAUCUUCCAGGCUUUUCUCCGAACUUAUCCCGUGUUACUCUCCUCAACUGCUUGCCUCCACUCUCGUCGCCGAUCUUCUCGCACUCUCUCAUCUAUCUAUCUCUCAAGGUGUCUUUCGACCAGUCGUACGGACUGAUUCCCACCACUGAAGACCUACUCGAAUUAUUGUUCGGUUUGAGGGAGCUACGAGAACUACAUCUAGCUCUUCUCCCCGUGCCGCGCUCACUUGACGGAUCCCCCUUACAAUUCCAACCUGAUGGGCGGCUCUGCGUUCUUCCGACAUAUUUUCGUUGCCUUGAUUACAGUGUGUCCGAUUAUAACGACAGCCUUCUCUCGGCCAUCGAUCUCAUAUCGCGGGUCAGUCUUCCGCGCGACGCAGAGAUAUCGAUGCUGGUGGACCAGGACACGAGUGAUGAGGGAGACGACACCGUCUUUUUCCGCCUCAUCAACUCCAUAUUCCAAGCCGUCGACAUGCAGCGCUAUCCGUGGGCGAUACAGAUAGAUCACUGGGACGUGCACAUUGGAUUAUGCAUAGGAUCAUCGGACAUACGUAGUGAAGCGCCGGCGAAUAUCGGACAUGCUCCUGUCUUUUGCGUCGACCAUUCGACUAUCAAAAUCGAACGAAACGACUCGAAUAGCAAAAGCGUGAUACACGCACUCUACUCCCUCCCUCUAGUGAAUCUCACCUGUCUCCACUUAUGUUGGGCGGCUGCCGCAAUCUACUUCCCUGCGAAUGGCUCUGCCCACGAAGCUCUGGCUACUGCGCGCGCCAUCAGGCAUAUAACCAUACACCCUCCAAACCGCUCAUCAUUCUUCGAAGAGCUCUGUCGUGUUUACACGGACGAUCACACGACGACGUUCACCCUCUUUCCAUAUCUCGAUACCCUCACCAUAAUGGGGACCACGAGCGCAUUGCACACCAUACGCGGCCUGCCUGAUCCUGCAAGCAGUAAUGCGAUGAGGAUUCAGAUCCAAACGUCAUUCUCAAGCCUUGGCACUGCAAUGGCCCUGCGUCAACGUCACGCAACGCCCAUCCAUAAGGUCUACGUUGAGAGACUGUACGAAGAACUGUGCGAUUGGGAAUCUCAUGACUCGGAGGAGCUCAAGAAGGUGGUAUUCUUUGAUAAAUAG